AUGAAAUCGCUGGAGGUACAGCCCCCGGGCCUUGCCUGGGUUCAAAGAACCUUCAAUCUUGAACCCCAGUGGACGGUGGAGCCCGAUCCUCAGGUCAUCGAGCAGACAAUACAGUCGCUACUACCAUCAAGCACGGUCCAGGCGACCUUCCUCGCCGAGGGCGCCUUGAACAAACUCUAUGACGUGAAAAUAGAUAAUGAGGUCUUUGUUAUGCGAGUCUCGUUGCCUGUUGAUCCGUACUAUAAAACUAUGAGUGAAGUGUCGACAGUGGACUGGAUAUCCCAUACCACAAAUAUCCCUGUUCCUCGAGUCAUCACUUAUCAAUCUUCCCGAGAAAAUCCUAUCGGAUUUGAAUGGAUCAUUAUGACCAGAAUGCCUGGAAGACCGUUGAAAGAGCUGUGGCGCUCUCUAUCAUUUUCUGCAAAAACAAGUUUGGUUGGAGAGUUUGCGGCCUACUCUAGUUGCCUUUUUCGGAACCAACUCCAGGGAAUUGGAAAUCUCUAUGGGACAGCAUCUAUUCUCAAUGAUUCCGCACUGUCUGAAGCGACCUGGCCUGCUGGAAACCCAGCAUAUUCUAAUAAUUCACCUCUAUCUGAAAAAAGGAACAUUUGCGAUGUUCAUCGAGGGCCAUUUACGUCUAGCAGCGACUGGAUUACAUCACGCCUUUCUCUCAGCGAGAAAGACUGUCAGUCGACACUAGACAAUUUACCAUCUAGCGAUCUUGAGAGCGAUGAUGAAGAUGAUGCAGAUGAUGCAAUAAGAACAUUGGAAAUCAUUGGAAAACUGAAAACCCUGCUUCCAUCUUUCUUUCCACCAAAUGGAGACAAUCCGGAGCCCUCAGUCCUGGUUCAUGACGACCUCUCUAGCCGAAAUAUUCUCGUUCAUGAUAACGGAGAGCUAGCAGCUAUUUUAGACUGGGAAUGUGUUUCAGCACUCCCUUUAUGGAAUGCCUGCGAUUACCCCGCAUUCUUGAAAGGGCCACCGCGACGCCUCGAGCCUGAUCUAGGACGAUAUGAACUCGAAGCGAGCGGAGAAGCCUCCGAUCUCUACUGGGAACACCUAUGGGAGUAUGAGGUCACUCUCCUUCGUGAUGUAUUUAUUGAUAGAAUGAAAAGCCUGGAACCAGGAUGGGUGGAGGUUUUCCACAAGAGCCAACGUCAAAGAGAUUUCGACCUUGCAGUGCAAAAUUGCGAUAAUGAGUUUGUUGCCCGGCAUAUACGUGCAUGGAUGAAUGACCUCACUGCUGGGGUGGACAACCAUCCCAGCCUGCGCGAUAGAAUUGAUGAGGAUUAAACUUCUCAAAGCAGCCCAAUAGGAGUAAGAACUAUAUUUGCUAAACAAAGAAAUACCUGUUCUGUUCAAGAAACGCACUUACACUCUUCAACUUGGCUCCAAUUUCAAUACUUGGUAGAUUUGAUUGAUGCUAGACUAU